CGCCUUUGGGUCGAGAUUCAGAAUGGCUCGCUCCGUAUCACGUUCUUAGUGCAAUUUCCCCUUGUAUCAUACACUCUAUCUCUGUUUCUUUCUGCACGUCCACUCGACACUUCGCCUCUUUCCGGCCUGAUCUAGGCUGCUACUCAGCUGCUACAUCAACUUGAAAACGAAUAUCUAUCAUUGGUACUCUGUGGAAUCUAGAGCGUCUGGGACUCCAUUACCGUGCUUUUAUGCCCUCUCUAUUCUAGUCUCUCCCUUUUUCAUCCUUCCCUUUUGCAGGGAACGCCCCGCGAGCAUGACGCGCGUUCAGUGUCAUUUAUUGUUGUUCCUACAUCGCCAGUAUUUCCGACGCUUUUCUUUUUUGUCUUGCCAUACUCUGCAGCGCUGUUCUCGAUUAUCAUUAUCCCGACUAUACGCGUUGUAAGUAGCCGUCGUCUCCAACCAUGUACUAGCGUGUAACGUCUGCUACUCAUGCGUAUGUAUGAUGUGAUGUGUGGAUGUCCCUUCACCUAUGACUGUAGACUUUGACUCAUCAUACCUAUUGCUCAAUAUCAUUGGCAAACAACUUUUGUGACUCGUCGACUUGAACCACCGCCAACCUUAUAAUCGAAAUGAGCUCGCCUCCAAAUGCGGUUGCAGUGUACUGUGGAUCUUCUCCCGGCACAGAGAAGGCGUUCAGUUCGGCGGCGAUCUCUCUAGGACGUGCGAUUGCGGAGUCUGGCCGCGCUCUAGUCUACGGAGGUGGAUCUAAAGGGAUUAUGGGUAUCGUUUCUGGCGCCGUGUUGGAUCGCGGCGGUAAAGUCACUGGAAUUGUACCAUACGCGAUGGUUCAUGCUGGCGGAGAACAGGAGAAAGUAGGAUCGGAUGAACGGAAGACUGUAGCGUUGGUCGAGACCGGCAGAGAGAAUAUCGAACAUAUCGUUGUUGGCUCUAUGCAUGAGAGGAAGGUAGAGAUGGCCAAGAAAUCUUGCGGCUUCUUUGGUCUUCCUGGAGGGUUCGGCACAUUCGAGGAGGUCUUGGAAGUGACAACCUGGACGCAAUUGGGCAUCCACAACAAACCUGUGGUGCUCAUAAACGUCCUUUCUUUCUAUGAGCCAUUGCGCCAGCUCGUGAAUAACGGGAUCAAGUAUGGAUUCAUCAAGCCAGAAUCUAGAAGUCUGCUCGUUUUCGUGGAUGGGCCACAAUCGCACGCUGAACAUGAAGGCUUCGAUUGGGGGAAAGCUGCUGUUGCCGCACUAGACAGCUGGAAGAGAGAUGCUGAGGACGGUCUAUUUGAUUGGUCGUUAAAGUCGACUGGCGGCCACGGUGAACCGUUGGAGUCUACAUGACAUCUCACUUUUCAUUGGUGUCCUCGGGUACAGUGGAUAGAUAUAGAUUUUACACGGUCGAUGUCCGAGGCUUGAGCGUUGGGUCGAUUUUCCGAGCAGGAUCCAUGAAUGCAUCUAUCAUGGAGUCUGUGACCUUCGCUUUGCGCUGAGGAUAUCAUCAGUAUCUUGCUCAGAACGGAUAGGAAGAGGGAAUUGCCUCUUGGAAGUCGGUGAUGAACUUUUGUAAAAGUUCUAUGCAACGAGCCUUCAGCUGCCCAGUCAACAUUCGGCCAGCGCGGUAUUCCUAUCGAAGAUCAGAACAAGAUUGAGAGACGAGCCCAAUCGACGGACGACACCAAUCCUCUCCAAUUCUUCGUCGUCAUCGAGGAAGAAAGUGAGAUACUGGUAAGCAACAUCGACAUCGGUGUUUCCCCCCAAACGUCUGUGCUCUUCUUCUGUCUCUUGGCCACCAGAGAACCCAUGUUUGUUGACCUUGUUUUUGAUCUGAGAGGGCUUGUCCGUCAUGAAAAUGCCGCUGUUCGGGUCACUUGCGCUCAUCUUCGUCUGCGGGCCUUGCAGUGCAGGGAAGAAUUUCGAGUGGAGAAGAGCCGGUUUCGGAUACUUGAGUUUCUGCGCAACAUCACGGGUGAGGCGGAAGUAUGGGUCUUGGUCGAUGGCGCAAGGAAUGAGGCACGGAAUGUUCGAUACAGUGCCAAAGAUUUGCGGGAAAGAGUUGGAGAACGACGGGGCAGCCUGGAUUGCUGCGAAGUGUAUUUUACCGAUGUUAUCACUAUGGAUGUGUGAGCAUGAAUGUCUGACGACGCAAGUAAUAAAAAUUCAACGCCACUCACGAGUCAUUGAAGCCGAAUGUGGCUUUGGCCUGGUUGUAGCUGAUCUGCCUUGAGAUCUUCGAAACGUUCUCGUAGAAUGGACCACCAAGGAAGCCAUAGUUACUGAAUAUGAACGUCUUUUCGAGAUUGACACCCGAAGCGAUGAUAUCGCGAGCGUUUUGUCGAGAGAAGGCCUUGGUCUGUUCGACC